AUGGCAUCAUCAUCUUGGGACCAAGUCACAUUUUCACUAAGUCCCAGAUCCAAGGGCUGCUACCUAAUCACCAAUGAAGUCUUGGACAAAGUGCCCCAGAUCAAGCAGUACGAAGUGGGGAUGUUGAAUUUGUUCUUGCAGCACACAAGCGCCGGCUUAACCUUGAAUGAAAACUGCGACCCGGACGUGAGGGCAGAUAUGAAUACUUCGUUGGAUCGCGUGGCACCAGAGGGCGAUUUUUACAUUCACGCUGACGAAGGGCCCGAUGACAUGCCGGGACACGUCAAGAGCUCGGUCGUAGGUGUCAGUGUCGAUAUCCCCAUCACUAACGGCAGGCUAAAUACGGGGACCUGGCAGGGCGUUUACUUGUGCGAAUUUAGAACUUACAGACAUACGAGAAGAAUCGUUGCUACACUCAAUGGUAGAAAAAAGUGA